AUGCCUGCUCGCGGGCUUGAGUCGUUGCGUGCCACUAAUAAUGGUGCGUUAUGGUCGGUGCGCGUAGCUGACCCUGAGCUGGAGCAGCUCAAGCCGGAUGUGCUCGCCAACGAGAACUUCGCGAACUUGUCCGUCCAACAGAACGAGAACUUCGCGAACUUGUCCGUUCAACAGAACGAGAACUUCGCGAACUUGUCCGUCCAACAGAACGAGAACUUCGCGAACUUGUCCGUUCAACAGAACGAGAACUUCGCGAACUUGUCCGUCCAACAGAACGAGAACUUCGCGAACUUGUCCGUUCAACAGAACGAGAACUUCGCGAACUUGUCCGUCCAACAGAACGAGAACUUCGCGAACUUGUCCGUUCAACAGAACGAGAACUUCGCGAACUUGUCCGUCCAACAGAACGAGAACUUCGCGAACUUGUCCGUUCAACAGAACGAGAACUUCGCGAACUUGUCCGUCCAACAGAACGAGAACUUCGCGAACUUGUCCGUUCAACAGAACGAGAACUUCGCGAACUUGUCCGUCCAACAGAACGAGAACUUCGCGAACUUGUCCGUUCAACAGAACGAGAACUUCGCGAACUUGUCCGUCCAACAGAACGAGAACUUCGCGAACUUGUCCGUUCAACAGAACGAGAACUUCGCGAACUUGUCCGUCCAACAGAACGAGAACUUCGCGAACUUGUCCGUUCAACAGAACGAGAACUUCGCGAACUUGUCCGUCCAACAGAACGAGAACUUCGCGAACUUGUCCGUUCAACAGAACGAGAACUUCGCGAACUUGUCCGUCCAACAGAACGAGAACUUCGCGAACUUGUCCGUUCAACAGAACGAGAACUUCGCGAACUUGUCCGUCCAACAGAACGAGAACUUCGCGAACUUGUCCGUCCAACAGAACGAGAACUUCGCGAACUUGUCCGUCCAACAGAACGAGAACUUCGCGAACUUGUCCGCCCACUCCCUAGGCUUCUUUACGAUGCUGGUGCGCACCAUCGUCAUGUCGACGGGCGAGUUCGAGUAUUCGUCCUUCAGCGAAGAGUUGAUGAAGGAUGGCACGAUCUACUCCAUAUCAUCCGUCAUCAUGUUCCUAUUAUUUAUUUUUUUCGUCUUCCUCGUCCUAAUGAACGUCAUGACGGGUCUCGCCGUCAUUGAUGUUAAGGAAAUCAAGGAAGACGCGAUGUUCUACUCCCUCAAGUCGCGACUCGAGCUCGUGUACCUCCUCGAGUUCUUGUACCUCAUCGAGCAGCUGUUAUGUGUAUAA